GUUUUGAGCCACGCCCUGCCGCAGUUUUGCAGCUCACAGAAGAUACAGAAAUGUCUCAAAAGAGGAAAGGGUGUCUGUCUCUUUUGGUUAUACUGAUCGUUCUAACUCUCAAUGGUAGAUCUAAUGCUCAAGCAACAAAUGGUUCGUGUGUAGCUGCUGGUUUUAGUACCUGUUGCAGCGUGGGCAACUCUGCAAGCUGUUAUGGGCUUCCACAUAAUUGCUAUUGUGAUCACCUUUGCUAUGAGUAUAAUGAUUGCUGCACUGACAUUGGCAGCGUUUGUGCAGGUACUUUUCCUCCUGAUCACGGCUUUGAUAAUGGUACAUGUGCUGGAAUGAAUUACAAAAGUUGCUGCAUACCAGGGACUAAUGUCUCACUCUCCUGUCAUGGAUCUGAUGGUGUCUGCUAUUGUGAUCAAUCCUGUCACUUUUUUGGCGAUUGCUGUACAGACAUUGAGCAAUACUGUCCUUCAGUCAACCCAUCAAGCACAUUAGGCUCCUGUGUGGCAGUGGGAUAUGAUGGCUGCUGCAAUCCGCAGUCAGGUGUCAUAUGCUAUGGAUCAAGUGGUCCGCAGUGCUAUUGUGAUGAACUCUGCUUUACUUAUAAUGACUGUUGCCCUGAUGUUGCUGCUAUUGGCUGUUUGGCACCUACUGUUAGCCCAACUGUCAAUCCAGGAGCUGGUUCUUGCAUAGCUGCUGGUCAUUUGUCAUGCUGUGUACGAUCCUCCUCCAACACAUGCACUGGUAGCAAUGGACUCUGCUCCUGCAGUGCUGACUGUUAUGAUAGUGGGAACUGCUGCAAUGACAUAUCUCAAAUUGGAUGUGCUACUCCAACUCCAACAGAUAGUCCCUGUACAGCAGCAGGAUAUAAUCAGUGUUGUCACCCACAGAUUUAUAAUGGCUCUUGUUCUGGUAAUCCACCCAUCUGUUACUGUGAUCAGCUCUGCUUUUCUUUUGGUGAUUGUUGCAGUGAUGUCACUAAUAUUGGAUGCAUUGAGCCAAGUGUCAUACCUCCUGCCCCUAAUGGAUCGUGUGUUGCAAAGUAUCCAACUUGCUGUCAGCCAUCAGCAAAUAACACAUGCCUGGGCUAUCCAAGUAACUGUUACUGUGACGCACAGUGUCACAACUAUGGUGACUGCUGCGACGAUAUUGCUGACAUUGGCUGUGACAGUGUUCAAAGUUCUUGUGCGGGAUACACCUCGUGUUGCGUUGAUGAGGACUUGACUUGUGUUGGUUAUCCAGAGCCAAAUUGCUACUGUGAUCAAGCAUGUACUCUAAGAGACGACUGUUGUUAUGAUCAGAGUCAACUAAAGGAAUGCACUGAACCAACAAUCCCGGGACCUGUUAACAAUUUGAUGGCAAUGUCAUCUGGUCCAAAUUCCUUCUAUGUGAUGUGGGAUCCGCCCACGCACCCUAAUGGAGUCUCCCAUUACAUUAUUAAUGUCAGUAAUUACUCUGGAGAGGGAGAUAAUAGGCUCAGAGUUCAGCUAACCAUACAAGUACUUGAGGAAAUAGUCACUCAACUCUUGCCUUUCAAGCCUUACAAUGUAACUGUGUAUGGAAUAAACAUUGAUGGUAAAGGCAUUCGAAGAACUGUCAUCAACUUCACUCAAGAAGGAAUACCAACACAGGCUCCUGAUAAUGUAAGGAUUACACGCUCUGGUACUACACUCACUGUAUCCUGGAGCCCUUUAAGUCUUGAGGCAGCAAGAGGCUUCCCGAUGUACAUGGUCCAGUAUUUUCCUUCAACCAAUUUAAACCAAAUAGUGACACUCAAUACAACAGGGACCUCAGUAACCAUCAGUAAUGUCAAUGCUAGGAUAAGUUAUGGUGUUAAAGUAGCUGCUUUCACAAAAGGAGGUGUAGGGAGCUUAAGCAAGACUGCUUAUGAAGGAGGGUUGUCCAGCCCCAGGUCUCAUAUUAGCGUUUCACUGGUUGUUGGUGUCAUUGUUGGUGCUGUGGCUGCUCUUGCUGCAAUCACAGUUGUUGUAUUUGUUGCUCUUCUGUUAUUCAAAAGAAGAGGGAGGAGAAGUGGCUCAUACAAGUUCAAAAAGCUUUUGACUACAGCUACAGCUAAUGAUGACUAUGAUGAUGGAGACGAUGAUGAUCACGACUCUUAUGAUGAAUAAGGGAAAAGGUUUUUAUAACACAACUUCUUUACUUUAUUAUAAAUUUGCACACUAAUUUUGCCAUUUUAUACCCACACAUUUCUAUAUUAUUUUGCUGCUGGUCCAAAAAUAUUUUAGAUAAUUACUGUUAAUAAGUUGAUGUUGAUAGCUUGUUUAUAAGUUAA